UCGAACCGAGGCUUCUAGUUAAGGAUGAAAGAAUUCACUUACCAUGCCGCCCCAAUUUUUGUUGGUUUCAGAUGAUUACUGUUUCGUUGGUUGCUAAUACCAAAAAUCUAUUAUGAUUGGCUAUUUUGGAUGGAGUAUUCAAAAUUUAAAACAAAUUGAAGUGAAGAUUUAGCUAGCGGCCAUAGAUUUUAUGAAUUUCUUGCUUGCUUUUACCAGUAAAUGUUUUUUUGUUACUCAAUUAUGUAGUUUUACCUUUUUGUUUCCUACUUAAAACUUCCAUAUUGAUGAAAAUGUUGCUUAUUCUUCUUUAGUUAUUGGGUGUUCAACUCUGAAUUUGCUUUCUUCUACCCUUUAAUUCUUCAGCUGUUCUUCUAUAUUUUCCAUGUUCAACUGUUUUUGCCCAAAUUCUUUAGGUUUUUGAUGGAUAAUAUUGCCAUAUUGGUGGAUAAUGUUGCUCAUUCUUUUUUCUAUUAUUGGGUGUUCUAUUCUGAACUUGUUUUUAAUGCUUUGUUCUUCAGGGGUUAUUCUAAAAUUUUCAUUUUGAACUGCUUUUGCCCUUUUCUUGAUCAUUGUGCCUAUAUUAUUGGGUUUUGUCGUUCUUGUUUCCCCGAUGAUUGUUCACCACGAAGAACAUUCAUAUUAAAUUUUUCUUUUUCUACUUAGUGUAUAUGACAAUUAUAGGGAAAAACAAGGGACCAAAGUGUGAUGUAUAUGCUAUCCAAAUGGAGAUUUUGCAGGUCUUUUUCAAGUCAAGGCUUAGUCCAUGGACUAAUGCUGGGUGCAGUUUUAGUUAUCAUUUGAAGUUAAUGAAAGUUACUUCUGAAACUGAACAGGGUGAUUACCUAAUUGGUGAAAUUUCCAUGCCUAGCAAUCUUUCCAUAAAGAGUUAUCAUCAAUAGUUUCUAAUUUUGUUCAAACACUUUAGAUAUAUCUGGUUGAAAUGAUUUUGAGUUUUUGGUUUAUUUCCUUUAUUUGGCACAUAAAGAAUUGAUCAACUUGUUCAGCUUUGUGUCUUCACCGACACUUUUUCACGGCUCUUCUGUAUUUACCAUGACCCUUAAAUUUUACAGUAAUCUAUUUUAGACUAUGAGGUAGGUUCGAUAUAUCUCGCCAAGAUUAUUUCAUAAAAGAUGAGUUUUUUUUUUUUUUUUCAAAAUUAGAGGGUAAUUAACAGCUGUAUCCGACAAAACUAUUGAAUGAUCUUUUGGAUUUUUUUUCUCUUUUAUGUUUGUAGUUAUAUAUAGAAAGCUGUUGGCGAGUUUUAACCUGUGGUUAUGUGGUAUCUGUCAUUGGUUGUGCCUUUGUCUCAUUAACUCUCCGUCUCUGAUUUAACAGAUAAGGAGUAGAUCAGAGUGCUAGCUUUUCCGGCUUUGAUCUAUUUCAUCGUCUACCAUGUGUCCUAUGGCUUUGUCGGGUCCGCCUCCAGGUUUUAUGAGUUCCUGUUAGACUAAUGAAGAAAUCAUUUUGUCCCUGGACCAAUUUAACCGUGGAUCACCUGUGCCUGACGAUGUGAUUGUCGAUAAUCCCUAUCAGUAUGAUCCUUCAAAUUUUCCAGAUGGAGCAUGGUUUCUAGUAGGAUCAACAGAGAAAAAAGAGACAAACAUGGAGACUGGAAAGCAAAAGGCGAAGCGUGUGAAAUAUUUGCAAAUUCUGUCAUCUGUGGUUGGAUAAGCACUUUUGAAUUUUCUGAAGUCGAAGCCCCUAUUGGAGAGAAAACUGGCUGGAUUAUGCAGGAGUAUAAAAUAACCGAGAAAGAGCAGCGUGAUCAGACCAAGUCUAAAGAGUCUUCUGUACUUUGUAGAGUUUUCAGCUGCUGUGAUGAGAACUUAAACAAUGAGAUGAAGCCAGAGCACGAAAACAAGGUCAAUAACGAAGAUCUUGACACCUGGGCCUUACAACUUAGCUUGAUGGCAUCAGUUAACCAUCACACUAGCAGUAACGAUGGGCAAUGUUCAAUUUGUGAAUCCCAGGCAAACAACCAGACAGAAGGGGUUGGGUCAUCACUUGUUGACAAAUUUAUAGAUCCCUCUGAUGAUGAUAUAGUAGCUGAGUUAGAUUGCAUUUUAAGAGGGGACUACCUGGAAGUCAACGACCUUGGCGAUGUAGCAUCACAUUUGUCUAGUUCAGAGAAUUCAAGUCGCAUGAGCUUGGCAUCUGAUGAAUAUUUCGACUCUCUGGCACUUUUACGGGAUUUGGAUGAUGAGAAGAAAGAAGAUUUGAAUGGAAAAGGUUCAACCAGCAAUUAUAACAUAAUGAUGUGCGAAAUAGCAAAUGAUGUGGUUGUGGAGAAUGCAUUUUUAGAGUCACUUAUUAAAGGGAGUGGAGCUGCAGCCAAAGAAAUUGAACAAAUUGCUGAUAAUAACAUAUCCAGUGAGCAAUCCCCAGAUCAGGCUGCUAAGAGGCUGGAAGCUGAGCGUACGGACGAAGGUCCCUCGCAUUCUUGUAGAGCAACGACGUCUUCCAGCAGCAGCAGCAGCCAUGAACCUGGAGAUAUAGCAAGAAGGGAGGAGAAAAUAAUGAAGAAGCUAAUGAAGAUCCUAUGUUUUAAACUUCAGUUGAGUUUAAAAUUCAGAAUAGGAAAUUGAUUUUGCAGAAAGAGUCUAGAACCAAAUGUUCUCUUUAAUACAGUUGUAAAAUUGGAAUAUCCUCAGUGUAAUAUAAGAGACAGAAUUUAGUUCUUUU